GAUUGUUUCGAAGGUAACAAGACAAUUGCAACGAUCAGCUGAAGCCAGAAGUUCUGGAUAAUCACGAUUAGAAAGGCAUGCUUGUGCAAGAAAGAAAUUGGAGUUCUAUUUGUUUUACAGGUUUCCAUAGUUUGGAGAAGAUAGAUGUUUCAAUUAUGCUUUGAUAGGUUUACUUAGCCAAACAAAAGGAACAAGCAAGAGUAAUUGUCUGCUUUUGUUUAAUAAUGGCUCAUUAUUAUAACAUUGACGACAUUAUCAUGGAGGAGGAGAUCAUCUCAGUUGUUUUCCAAGUGGCUGCUAAUGGAGUUGGACUCCUUGAUCCUAGUGCAAAAACUAACAGUGUUGAACAAGGUUCAAAGGUAGAGCUACCUUUCUGGCUAGCCCAAGAGUUGCACCUUAGACAGGCAGUUGCUAUGAAUGUGCUUGCUUGUUUCAAUCAAAAAACAAGGAAGGAAGUCCAGGCAGAUGCUGCAUGUGUUGAUCUCAGGAAUAAGUGCCCUUACUUCUAUGAAUUAGGAUGCAAGAUUGCACCCCUGUAAGUUCCCUUCCCUCAGAA